GAUUCUCUUCUUCACAGAAUGGAAGAAAGACGUGAAGUACAAACCUGAAUGCAACCUGAAAGAUCCAGUAGAUGAGCCUGUGACAUCCUGUGCCAGUGCCCAGGGAUACCACAUACACCAGCUGUGUGUAUUCAGAUCUGGACAACACUGAUUAAGACAACCAAAAAUUUCUUCUCUCCCAGUUGUCACAAAAAAAUAAGUGGGCAAGCUGAAUGUCAGGAUGCAAGUCAUUACUAUUAUAAUACUACUUCUUCUUUGUAAAGCAUCUGACUUUAGGAAGACAAGGAAUAGGAAUCUGAGAAAAAAUGAAAAGGAAAACAUCGUAAGAAGAGCGUCUAGCACCGUUAAGCGCAACGCCCAAGCCCAACCAUGUGAUAUAUAUGUUUACCUUCAUGAGAAAUAUCUAGAUUGUCAGGAAAGAAAAUUGGUUUUUGUGGCACCUGAUUGGCCCGAGGAUUUGAAGCACAUGCUGCUAGCAAGAAACAGGAUUCGUAAAUUGAAGAAUAAUAUGUUUUCUAAAUACAAAGUAUUGAAAAGUCUGGAUUUACAGCAGAAUGACAUAUCAAAAAUUGAGAGCCAGGCUUUCUUUGGUUUGAAUAAACUUACCACACUCCUACUCCAGCAUAACCAAAUUAAGAGUUUAUCUGAGGAGAUUUUUAUUUAUACGCCCAGUCUAAACUAUCUUCGUCUUUAUGAUAAUCCCUGGCAUUGCAAUUGUGAACUAGAAACUCUUGUUACAAUGCUACAGGUUCCAACAAACAGAAAUUUGGGAAACUAUGCCAAGUGUGUGUACCCAAUAGAACUGAAAAAUCAGAAGCUAAAACAGAUAAAAGCUGAGCAGCUGUGUAGUGAAGAGGACAGGCAAGAUCCCCAAAACAUAAAGCAGAAGCCUGAAGCUACCAAACCAGAAUUUGAUUCUUCUCUGUGCCACAUGUAUGUGUUUCCUGUACCAACUCUGAACUGCAAGAGAAAAGAUUUAAAGAAAGUUCCUGGUAACAUACCUCCAGAUAUAGUUAAACUUGAUUUGUCCAACAACAAAAUUAAACAACUGCGACCCAAAGAGUUUGAAGACGUCAGUGAACUGAAGAUAUUAAACCUGAACAGUAAUGGAAUAACGUACAUUGAUCCUGCUGCUUUCUCAGGGCUCAAUAACUUAGAAGAGCUGGAUCUAUCUAACAACAGCUUGCAGAAUUUUGAAUAUGGAGUAUUGGAAGACCUUUACUUUCUGAAAGUUCUGUGGCUGAGAGAGAAUCCUUGGAGAUGUGAUUACAACAUUCAUUAUCUUUUCUACUGGUUGAAGCAUCACUACAACGUCCACUACAAUGGCCUAGAAUGCAAAAUGCCUGAGGAAUACAAAGGCUGGUCUGUUGGAAAAUAUGUUCGGAGUUAUUACGAGGAGUGUCCAAAAGACAAGCUGCCCAUUUAUCCAGAAACUUUUGACCUGGACAAAGACGAUGAGGAAUGGGAACGACACAAAGAAAAGUCAGUUCAAACAGUUAAAAAGCACAGUGUAAUCGUCACUGUGCUAGGCUAAUAAGGAAACCCUGUUUUUUUUUUAAAGUAAAUUCAAAUAUUUGGUACUCUGGCAAAAAAAGGAACCCAACACACUGUUUACAUUUUUGUUAAUUAUACAGAUUGCAAGACUAUUUACCUACAAGGAUUUCUGUUUAAUGCAGUAAAUAAGUACAGAAUGGCAUUAGUUACACAGAAUCCUUCAAUAAGUAGUUGUUUCUGACAGUUUGUUCUGCACUCUCUUGUGAAAUUUUCUGGUAGAAAUUCAAAACUAUGCAUUAUAAAUAGAUAGACAUGAAUGUAGACAUGUGGGGAGGAGCUGUGCAUGAACAUUAUAUAUGAAUGCAGGUUAUGUGUUGACAUGGAGUCGCUGCAGGAUUGUGACCAACACUCAACUUUCUUGAAUGCAUUGCCAGUUCUUUGUAUCUAUCAGUUUCCUAAAAUAUUUCCAGAAAACAUUUUUAAGAUUUUGUAUCAGCCUCCUGUUUUAUUGUGUAUAUAUAAAGAAAACAAACAAACAAACAAACACCUGAAGACUUAAAUCUUAUAUACAGUUCUAGAAGAACAGGAAUGGUGGUUGUUAUACUAACAUUCAAACCCAGAAGUUGGGUUCUAUUUGCUGAUUUACCUGUGUUCCCAUUCUGUCCUAACUCAACAACCCAGCUUCUGCCUCUUCUGUAUAUGAGCUGCCCGAAAAUAGGAGUAGCCAAGGCAUGGUCAGUUCCCAAGACACAGUUCCACAUGCUCAUACUGCUGAAGCCUUCCUAGGAAGCACUUCAGUCAUCAUAUCAGCUUACACAACCUCCCUUCUAGAUCAAGAAGAGCACAUAGGCUGCUGCAGUCUGCAUCCCACAUGCUGAUGCCCACACAAACUGAAGGUGAGUACGCAUCUCAGUGCUCGUAGAAGAGACUGAUACUGCCACAGCUUACCCUUCCCAAAACUCAUUGGUAAAAAUGCACAUUAUAGUAUCUGUUCAUUACACAGCUGUCUAUGUGAACACAUAUUCUUAAAAACCUGUGAUUAUUCUAGUAUAAAGCCAUAGAAAUGCCCUGGCUAACCAGUCAGUAUCUCUGAAGUUCCUUGCUAUGUAUUCCUUUACCCAAAUGAGCUAUUUUUACUGAAAGAUGCCUACUAGUUUUUACAUAAUGCUUCUGUCUUUUUUUAAUUUCUGCACCAUUUAAUGUUGAACUAGACCUACUGCCUGCUAAAGAUAGAUAUUAUAAACUCUUCCACACACAAAAAGGAUAAGUAACUCCCCAGACAAGUAGGGGGAUGCUGGAUUAAACCUUCAAUAUUCCUAGCUCAAGGAAAUCCUAGAUCAAGUAAUAAAUAUGCAGUGAAGGAUAGAGAUUCAGGGUCAAAACUUUAAAUAUCUGUUGGCCAUUAUGGAAGAAAUUCUGGAACACUCCAGAGAGAAAUCUUGCUCUUUUAAAGCAAGUGUGGUGUUUGUGGGUUCCUCUGGUUCUCCAGCAACAAUCCAAAAAAGUCAGAUGUUUUGGUUUAGAAGUGUAAUGCAAAGUACUCAGCACUUUCAUGCUUGCAUGAAGUAAAAGCACAGCAUAAAGGAAAAUUUUAGAAAAAAAUUAAACGUGGUAGAAAUUCCAAAAAAUUCUUAAGUAAAAACGUGCUAUUAUUAACCGUGUUCGUUCAUUAUCUCCAUUAUUGAGAUUAAAUCUAUUUAAUGGUGCAGAUAAACUAAAUAAUAUAGACAUCAUAUGUGCAGAUACCUUUAAAAAAUUUUAUGGGAAAUACUACAAUAUAUUACUUCUCUCUCAGUUUCUGGGAAUAUCCUAAGCAUUAUCCUAAUUUUUAAAGGAUAAUCCUAGGAAGAUAGAACACUGAUGAAAUUCCCAUUUGGCCAAUAAUAUUCACUGAAUAGGACAUUUUCUAGAAACUUCUAAAAGUGCCAAAAGAAAGAAAUCAAUCAUGGUCAGCAUUAACUAACAAACUCCUCAUCUCAAAUUCUGAAGGAUUUUUUCAGUACAGAAUUGAACUACUGGGAAUGAUUGAAAAGCACAGACAAUGGAACCACAGUAGAACAUCUGUUAGCAGCAACACAGCCAAGAGAGAAAAGCUGAGUAGGAAAAAAUGAGUUUAUAAACCAUGUCAGGAUAAUUUCUGCACAGAGUCAGUGCUAAAAAAAAACAAAAGAAAAAAACAAAAGAGAUAGGCCAAAGUCAGAGGAGGGAAAGGCAAUCCAGGGAUAGAGUAUAGGAGGAGAGCUGAGUGAGAGUUCUCUGAUCUUUGGUCGGCAGGAUGUUUGCAGUUGGAAAAGCACUGGAGUAAGAUGAAGACCACAAACAGUGGUGUAACAGUUGGAAAUAACAAGUUCUCAAACACUGGCACCAGAAAAUGUUGCAUCUGCUGAUUCUUGGUUCAAGAGAGUGAUCAAAUGAACAUGCUAUCUGUAUCUGUCUGCACAAGAUGUUUAGUGGUGCCUCAGACACAUGCAGUAAGUGAAGGACAUAUCAAUGCAUACAGGAAGGAAUCAUGGUUCAACAACUAUCUUGCAAAUAACAGUUUCAGUGUGGAAUUUUGAAAUCAGUGUCAUCCCACAAGUUCCAGGAAGAUAAUAAAGAAAGACUCAUGCAAUUAUACCAAACUGAAGUGGGUCGAAGGACGGACUGAAGCACUGAGUGUGGAACUUCUAUCACAGCCAUUAUUUUACAUAGAUGGCCUCUAGAGCUUCAAACAAGUAACUAGAAUUUGUACACUUUCAAGUACAACCCACUGGGGAAACAAAAAGAGCUAAGAGAGAGAGGCAAAGGGCCUGAAAAAAAAAAAGCAGUUUUCCAUAUGUUGGCAUUUUCAUAUUGAGGAAGUGUCAGACAGUUAGUGGAAUAGAGGAAUGGAAAUGUUAGAGAAGAGCAAGAGCACAUGCAGAGUAUGUGUAUGUACUCUGGACAUUGCCUAGUAGCAAAUUCUUGGACAAAAGACUGCAUGAACAGGAAUAAUAUAUAGGAACUAUGAAGAUAGUAGAGAAUGGAGCAGCCCACGGUAAGAAACAAAAAUCUAUUCGAAAAAAAUACGAGCAAUUAACAGUUGGUAAGUGAGUCAGCAUUACAAGCUUAUUUUUUAUUUCUCUGAGCUUCUCUGCGAUCUACUGUAAAUGAAAGUAUACACUCCAUGAAACAGCACAGUCACAAUUUAAUCUUGAAAUUUCUUUAUCUCCCUACUCUUUAAUUACAAAGGCUCUGGGAUCACUUUCGUAUCUAAAAGCAACCCAAGGAUCUUUCUCUUCCUUUGGAUGCUUUUUAAGUUUAUUUCAAUAAUCGCUCUUGAUUCCCCUUCUUUCUCUGUCCAUACCCAGGGAAUAGUUGCACGAUACUGCUGCUUGUAUUCUUGAAACGUGGUAUACACUAGGAGUGCUGUCCAGAUGGAACAACUACACUACUCUAAAGCAGCAUGGCCCUUCUCUGCACAGCACACAUUAAACACAAAAAGGAUUAUUUUGCAUCACUUUUGGCCAUGACAAGGUGAAAUAAAAAUGAACUCAUAUGUCAAUACUCUGACCACUAACGGGGAUAAAGCAAUUCACAUCCCUCUGAGGAAAUCCCAGAUCCUGCACUAUGAACAUGAAUGGCAGUUUUUAAACACAGUUCCCAGUCAUGCAUGGAGGUGAAACGAUUCUCUAAGAUCCCUGAGUGGGUGGAGUAACACCACAAACAGCUGAGCUAUAAUCCACGUAUUUCAUGUACUCAUUUUUCUUUGGCUCAGUAACACAUUCGUUUGCCAAAGACAAUCUGGGCUGGAAUCACAUAACAUUCAUAUGUAGACAUUAAAUAAUGAUUACCAUCUCGUGCAUAUAAUACAUAACAAUGUUGCUUUAAAUAAAAACGAUGUUUAAAAAUUGCAGUUAAUUUACAAACAAAAAAUAUUAACAAGAUUACCAAGACAAACAGACCUAAAAAGCAGCUAACAUCGAUGUGAUUUUACCAUUAACAAUAAAAAUCCAUUGCCAAAAUCUGUGUAAUCUUGGAUUUAUUCAGAAAUAUGAGGUCAGAACUGUAGCUGGGGGAUGCUCCAAUGGAAAGGAUCAUAACAUCUGGAGCAUAUAACUGAACAGACAGUUCAAGGCAGUUUGUUAGCUGAAGAAAUGUCAAAGGAAGAGAAUUUCAAUAUGAUAUUCAACCACUAAAAGGAAACAGAGAAAUCAUUCUGCAGGAACUUUAAGUCACCCACAAGAACUUCAAAAGAAUGGCAUUGGAUAGAAUGUAUGAUCAAUAUUAAUGAUUUUUAAUGGAAGAAAUAUGUUAUUACUCUAAUUGGCAAUUGUACACUGGCACAAAUAUCUUUAGUUCUUAGAAGGAAUUACUGGGUAUCUUCAAAGUUGCAAGAAACAACUUCACUGUUUUCUAAAAGUGCAGACCAUCACACUAUUUUACCAUGAUUACUUUAAAAUAAACAGCAUUGAGUAGAAGAAAAUAAACAUAAUGUUUGAUUAAAGAUGUAAGUACAUAAUGAUCCAUGUAUAUUAUGGCAACCACCGUACUGAUUUUCCAGCUGAUAUAUCCGACAUGCUGAUGUUUCUAAGGUCAAUAAUUUUAUCUAGAUAUGAGUCACUUAAAACGUGAUAGAAAAGGCAGUGCAUAAAUAAAGUUUAAUGCUAUGGCAACAUCUG